UGUUUUAGAAUCAAGUAGUCCCCACGCACCUGAUCAUUGUCUAAGUACGUAGUUAGGGUGCAAAUGGCCGGAGCACCGACGAGCUUAGGGUUCUCCGUCAGGCGCCGCGAGCGCGAGCUGGUGGCGCCGGCGAGACCGACGCCGUACGAGUUCAAGAUGCUGUCGGACAUCGACGACCAGGACAUCCUCCGCUUCAACCGCUCCGGCAUCAGCUUCUACCGCCACAACCCCAAUCAGGACGGCGUCGAUCCUGUCACGGUGAUCAGGGCGGCGCUCUCUGAGGCGCUCGUACACUUCUACCCGCUCGCCGGCCGGCUCCGCGAGCUGCGGCCCACCAGGAAGCUCGUGGUGGAGUGCACCGGCGAGGGCGUCGUGUUCGUCGAGGCCGACGCCAGCUUCCGCAUGGAUGACCUCGGGGACGGCACGUCGACGUCGUCGCCGCUGCUUGCGCCGCCGGUGCCGUGCUACGACAUGCUGCUGUGCGAGGCGGAGAGCCCGACGGCAGAUGUCGUCGACCGCCCCCUGCUGUUUGUUCAGAUGACUCGGCUGGCGUGCGGCGGCUUCGUGUUCGGGAUGCACAUAUGCCACUGCAUGGCGGACGGCUCCGGGAUGGUGCAGUUCCUGACGGCGGUGACCGAGUUCGCCCGUGGCGUGCCGGGCGCCCCGACGGUGCCGCCGGUGUGGGAGCGCGAGGCGCUCACCACCCGAUCGUGGCCGCCGACCGUCACGCGCGACCACGUGGAGUACGCGCCCCUGCCCGUCGACGACGACGACGACGACGUGCUGCUCUCCCUCUCCCCGUCGACCAACGCGUACGCGCACCACGUCUUCUUCUUCGGAGAUCGGGAGAUCGCGGCGCUCCGGUCGCAGGUAGUGGCGGCCUGCUCGCGGUUCGACCUGGUGGGCGCGUUCAUGUGGCGGUGCCGCACCGCCGCGCUGCGGCACGGCCGGGGCGACGUCGUCCGCCUGAACAUGUUCGUGAACGCCCGCGUGAGGAACCGGCCCGUGCCAAGGGGCUACUACGGCAACGCGAUCGUGUUCGCCAGCGCGUCGGCGCCGGCGGGGGAGCUGUGCGGGAGGCCACUCGGCCACGCGCUGCGGCUGCUCGUGGAGGCGAAGGCGCGGGCGUGGGAGGACGGGUACGUGCAGUCGGUGGCCAGCUUCAACGCUGCUCGCCGGAGGCCGGCGUUCCCCAAGGGCGCCAGGACCUACUUCAUCUCGGACAUGACGCGGGCAGGGAUGACGGACAUCGACUUCGGCUGGGGAAAGCCGGUGUACGGAGGGCCGGCGACGACGAUGCUGGCCACGUUUCACCUCCAGGGGAGGAACGAGGCUGGCGAGGCAGGCAUCGUGGUGCCCAUAAGUUUGCCCAGUCCGGUGAUGGAGAGGCUGAUCCAGGAGGUGGACAAGGGGCUCAAUGCCGGAGCUGCUGCCGUGCUAGACGACGCAAAAGCAAGGGUGGUGCCUGAUGAAGGCUACGUUCUAGCAAAAUUGUAGGUCUCAUCUCGACGGAGUACGAACCACGGACUGCAUGUACGCCACGACCACAGCAGCUCUCAAUAAUAAUAAUAAUAAUAAUAAUAAUAAUAAUAAUAAUAAUAAUAAUAAUAAUAAUAAUAAUUGUAUUGUUGAUAAUUGGGGGCAACUAUGACUAGAUGCCCGAUAUUUGUUAAAUAGCGGCCGGUGUUGCAUCCCAUGGUUAUAACCGUUUCAGAUGUUUCAUUACUUAGUACAAAAUGUUUCAGCACUUGGUAAAAUGUAUUUACUUUAACAAGGAGAGAAUCUACUCCAUGCCACUGAACUUGUCAGUUGUCACAGUUCAA